AUGUUUUUCACGUGUCCUCCUUAUUCUUAUUAUUAUUAUUAUUAUUAUUAUUAUUAUUAUUAUUAUUAUUAUUAUUAUUAUUAUUCACUAUCCUUCUUCUUCACCUUCCUUCUUACUUAUAGUUUCGCCACUUAUUCUUCUUUUCAUUUAUUACUUCUUUCUUUCUUUCUUUCUUUCUUUCUUUCUUUCUUUCCAAUUAUUUACUUUUUUCUUCGCGUUCUUUCAAAUAUUUUUUUUUGGCACUUAUUUUCUUUCUUUCUUUCUUUCUUUCUUUCUUUCUUUCUUUCUUUCUUUCUUUCUUUUCUUCCCACUUUUUUUUUUCUUAUUUUUCUUCUCAUUCUUCUUCUCCUUCUUCACAAUAUUUUUUUUUCAUUUUCUUUCCUUUCUCCGCUUCCUAAUACUUAUUUUUUUUCUCAUGUUCCUUCCUCUGUGACACCCUUCAUUUCUAUUCUUCUUCUGAUUUAG